AUGCUCAACAACGCCAUCAUUGCUGUAGCCGCCCUUGCGGCGCUCCGUCCCGUCGACGCCAUCUGGCCCGUUCCCCAGCAAAUCUCCACCGGACAAGAUGUUCUUUUUGUUGACAAGUCCAUUCAAGUCACUUACAAUGGCGAGCCUGUCUCGCACGAUGGCGCCGGCGAGACCAAAGAGUCACCCAGCUCCAGCAGUCAGGUCGUUCAUGGUGCUGUUGCACGCAGCUUAACUGCCAUUUUUGAACAUGGUCUUGUGCCGUGGAUGCUGAACCCGCCGGGAUCCGACUUUGAGCCCGCCCUGGAUGGCGGCGCGGGCAAAGUCACGUCCUUGACCAUUACCCAGACCGGAGAGGACAACGCCACCGUCUUCAAGCCCCUCGCCGGCCAAGUCGACGAGUCGUACUCGCUCCAUCUCGAGGCAAAUGGCGAAGCGUCCAUCGAGGCCGUCACCUCGACCGGUCUUGUCCGCGGCCUCGAGUCCUUCACCCAGCUCUUCUUCAAGCACAGCUCCGGCGACGCCUUUUACACCAAGCAAGCGCCCGUAUCUAUCCAGGAUGCGCCGCGAUUUCCUCACCGCGGCCUGGUCCUCGACCUCAGCCGGCACUGGUUCGCCGUCGACGACAUCAAGAGGACCAUUGACGGCCUGGCCAUGAACAAGAUGAACGUGAUACACCUGCACAUCACCAACACCCAGUCCUGGCCCCUCGAGGUCCCAGCCCUCCCCAAGCUUGCCGAAAAGGGCCGCUACGCCCCCGGCCUCACCUACUCGCCGCAGGCCAUCCAAGAAAUCCAAGAGUACGGCGUCGCCCGUGGCGUCCAGGUGCUUCUGGAGAUCGACAUGCCCGGCCACGUCGGCAUCGACAAGGCCUACCCGGGCCUGAGCGUCGCAUACAACGAGAAGCCGUACGACAAGUACUGCGCGCAGCCGCCCUGCGGCGCCCUCAAGCUCAACAACACCGACGUCGAGAACUUCGUCUCCACCCUCUUCGACGACCUGCUCCCCCGCCUGAGCCCAUACUCGGCCUACUUCCACACCGGCGGCGACGAGUACAAGGCCACCAACUCGCUGCUAGACCCGGACCUGCAGACGGACAACAUGACGCUGCUCCAGCCCCUGCUGCAGCGGUUCCUCGACCACGCCCACAACAACAUCCGCGGGCACGGCCUCGUCCCCAUCGUCUGGGAGGAAAUGGUGGAAGAAUGGUCCGCCGACGUGGGCAACGACACCGUCGUCCAGGCCUGGCUCGGCUCGGCGUCGGUCGCGAAGCUCGCCGCCGCCGGCCACAAGGUCAUCGACUCCACCUUCGAUGUCUACUACCUCGACUGCGGCCGCGGCCAGUGGCUCGACUUCAAAGACGGGCCGAGCCUCGACGCCGCGUACCCCUUUGCCGACUACUGCUCGCCCACCAAGAACUGGCGGCUCAUCUACAGCCACGACCCGGUGGAAAACAUGACGGCCGAGGCGGCCGCCAACGUCAUUGGCGGCGAGGUGGCCGUGUGGACGGAGAUGAUUGACCCCGUGAGCCUCGACACCCUCGCGUGGCCGCGCGCCGCCGCCGCCGGGGAGGCCUGGUGGUCGGGGCGCAAGGACGGCGAGGGCAAUCUUCGGUCAGUGUUCACGGCCCGGCCGCGACUGGAGGAGAUGAGGGAGCGCAUGCUGGCGCGGGGCGUGAGAGGCGCCGUCAUUUCGCAGCUGUUUUGCGGGCAGUCGCCGCUGGAGGAUUGCGCGGCGUAG